AUGCCUCAACCAGAAAAUACCAAAAUCACAAUUACCUCAGCAAUACAACAGAUGCGUAAUAUGGGACGCCCUUUAUGGGCAAAUGUUGAAGAGGUUUAUGUUGUGGAAUUUGCUAUUGCAAAGCUUCUAUGUGAUCAUGACGAAGCAGCUAAAAUCCAUGAAAAUAAAGACAUUGAAUCAAUAAAAUUAACAAUAGAACAAUCACUAGCAAUUCUUGGAGCACGAGUCUACUUGGAAAUUUCUAGAGUUUCACAACAAGCAUCUAAAUUAGUUAGUCAUCACAUGAGAAUCCUGCGACAUGUAGAUGAUAAACGUGAAUCACUAAUCACUACAUAUCCAAGUGAACCAAUAUUAGCAGAAGCAGCCAGUCACGUCAUGAGCCAUCCUAGAAUCCUGAAACAAAUUUUAGACGGUGUAAUAUAUUCAGUUAAAAAUCAUAUUAUCGUCAAUGCAGGUGAGCAAGGUGAACUUGUUGGGCGGAUUCUGUGUUUAAUGGCAUUUGAUAAGGUGAUUCAAUCAAAAUCUGGGCUUCACUACAUAUGGAACAAACACUCACAAUCAAUCACAGUGGAAGAGUUUCUCAAUGCAUUUAUUGGAGAAGGAAAUUAUGAAAAAAUUAAUUCGGUUCUCAAUGAAACCUUCAAUGGUUUAAUGUUCCGCAAUAGCAAGAUAAGAUUUAGUCACUUUGCAUACACCAACACUACACCUAGUAGGGAAAAGCUUGUUAAUUUUUUUUUUCGUGGGGCAGCAGUAUUAUGCAAACGUGGUCAACAAAUAGUGGAUCUGAUUAUUCCAAUUGCAAUGGUCCCAGAUGAUGAUACAGAAGUUCAACAUAGCAACAUGUCCUUUAUUGGCAUUCAGAUCAAAAAUCGAAAAAAACAUAAAAGCAGUGAUUGGCCGGUAAAUAUUGCUAAGGCAAUCGGAAUUUGCAAUAAUACACCUUUUCCUCUGCCAUAUCUUGUUGUUUUUAUGAGUCUUAAUGAAGAAUCAAGAAAAAUUGAAUGUCAUGAUACUGUAACCUUAAGAGAUACAAGAAAUUCUUACUUCAGGGAGAGAAUAGGAUAUCUAAACAUUUAUGGACACACAAAGAAUGAAUAUGCAUGUCUUAGCUGGGUAGACGAUAAUGCAGAAAUACAAUUGCAACAAUUGUUACAGACAUAUGUUGAUCCUUUCGAGGAGGAGAGUGCUGCUCUAUGGGAGGGGAAUGAGCCUGAAAGUGCAUGGGUCACCAAGUAUCAGAAUAUUGUUAAAAAUAUGGAACCUUUACGUUAUGAAAAAUGUGUAUUUGAAAACAUGGACACAUCUUGA